CCAACACAGGAAACAUGCACAUCGUGGCCGAUCUCUACGCAGAGGUGGUGGGAGUUGUGGCUCAGUCCAGGUUCCCGGCCGUGAGGAAGAAGUUCAUCUGGGAGCUGAAGGAGCUGCGUCAGAAGGAGCAGAACCCCUACGUGGUCCAGUCCACCAUCAGCUUCAUCAUGGGAGUCAAGUUCUUCCGCGUCAAGAUGUACCCCGUGGAGGACUUUGAGGCCUCCUUCCUGUUCAUGCAGGAGUGUGCACAGUAUUUCCUGGAAGUGAAGGACAGAGACAUUAAACACUCUCUGGCUGGCCUGUUUGUGGAGAUCCUAGUUCCUGUAGCAGCGACGGUGAAGAACGAGGUGAACGUCCCGUGCCUGAGGAACUUUGUGGAGAGCCUGUACGACACGACCCUUGACCUCUCGUCCAGGAAGAAACACUCUCUGGCCCUGUACCCACUGGUCACCUGCCUGCUGUGUGUCAGCCAGAAGCAGCUCUUCCUCAACCGCUGGCACAUCUUCCUCAACAACUGCCUGUCCAACCUCAAGAACAAGGACCCCAAGAUGGCGCGCGUGGCUCUCGAGUCUCUCUACCGCCUGCUCUGGGUCUACAUGAUCCGCAUCAAGUGUGAGAGCAACACGGGAACACAGAGCCGCCUGACGUCGAUCACCUCCACUCUGUUCCCCAAGGGCAGUCGUAGCGUGGUGCCCAGAGACAUGCCUCUCAACAUCUUCGUGAAGAUCAUCCAGUUCAUAGCACAGGAGCGACUGGACUUUGCGAUGAAGGAGAUCAUCUUUGACCUGAUGUCUGUGGGGAAGUCCGCCAAAGCCUUCAGCCUCAACCCAGAGCGUAUGAACAUCGGCCUGAGGGCGUUCCUGGUGAUCGCAGACGCCCUGCAGCAGAAAGACGGCGAGCCGCCCAUGCCCAACACGGGAGCCACACUGCCUUCUGGGAACUCUCUGAAGAAGAAGAAGACCUACCUCAGCAAGACCCUCACCGAAGAGGAGGCCAAGCUCAUAGGCAUGUCUCUGUACUACGCCCAGGUGCGUAAGGCCCUGGACCACAUCCUGCGUCACCUGGACAAGGAGGUGGGCCGCUGCAUGAUGCUCACCAACGUCCAGAUGCUCAACAAGGAGCCCGAGGACAUGAUCACAGGGGAGAGGAAGCCUAAGAUCGACCUGUUCAGGACGUGUGUGGCAGCCGUCCCUCGCAUCCUCCCGGACGGCAUGUCCAAGCCGGAGCUCAUAGACCUGCUCUCACGACUGACGGUGCACAUGGACGACGAGCUCCGCCUCAUUUCCCAGAACUCCCUGCAGAGCCUGCUGCUGGACUUCUCCGAUUGGAGGGAAGACGUGCUGUUCGGAUACACCCACUUCCUGUUGCGAGAGGUUCAGGACACACACCAGGGUCUGCAGGACGCCUCCAUCAAGCUGCUGCUGCAGCUUCUCACCCAGUGGAGGCUCAUGCUGCAGGCCCAGGGCAAGACGCGCAGCUCCGAGGCCAGCCCCAGGCUGCCCGAGCGCAGCCCCCACUGCUCGGUGCUCCACGCCGUGGAGGGUCUGGCCCUGCUGCUGCUCUGCUCCUGCCAGACCAGCACCAGGAAGCUGGCCGUGGGCGUGCUGAGGGAGGUGCGCUGCCUCUUCACCGCCCUGGGACACGCAGAGGACGAUGACAAGCCCAUGAUCGAGGUGAUGGACCAGCUCAGCCCCGCCAUCAUGGACAGCAUCGUCCACGUGGCCAUGUCCGACUCGGCCACCCUCCCUCUCAGCCACCACGUGGACCUCCAGUGGCUGGUGGAGUGGACGGCCCGGCUGGUGAGCAGCCCGUACGACGUCAAGAGCCCGUCGCACGUGUGGAUCUUCUCCCAGUGCGUGAGGGACCCCUGGGUGCUGUGCCUCCACAGCUUCCUGCGCCAGGAGCACCUGCCGCGGCUGUGCCCGGCCGCGCUGGGCUACGCCUGGCCCUACGCCUUCACCCGCCUGCAGCUGCUGCUGCCCCUGGUCGACCCCAACAGUCCGGUGAACGCUAAGAAGACCAGCACGGCAGGCUCCGGGGACAGCUACGUGCCUCUGUGGCGCAACUACCUGAUCCUGUGUCUGGGCGUGGCCAAGCCCAGCAUCAUGUCCCCGGGUCACCUGCGGGCCUCCACGCCCGAGAUCACCGCCACCACGCCCGACGGCAGCGUCACCUACGACAACAAGGUGAUAGGGACCCCGUCAGUUGCCUGGUUACUGAAGCAGCUGGUUCCUCUGAUGAGAGCUGAGAGUCUGGAGAUCACUGAGGCCCUGGUCCUGGGCUUCGGACGCACCAACGCUCUGGUGUUCAGAGAGCUGGUGGAGGAGCUGCAUCCUCUGAUGAAGGAAGCCCUGGAGCGCAGGCCUGAGAAUAAGAAGCGUCGUGAGAGGAGAGAUCUGCUCAGGCUGCAGCUGCUCCGAAUCUUUGAGCUGCUGGCCGACGCCGGAGUCAUCAGCGACAGCACCAACGGGGCGUUGGAGCGAGACUCCCUGGCCCUCGGCGCUCUGUUCCUGGAGUACGUGGACCUGACGCGGAUGCUGCUGGAAGCAGAGAACGAGAAGGAGCUGGACGUCCUCAAAGACAUCCGGGCCCACUUCAGCGGCAUGGUUGCCAACCUCAUCCAGUGUGUCCCCGUUCACCACCGGCGGUUCCUCUUCCCCCAGCAGUCCCUGAGGCACCACCUCUUCAUCCUCUUCAGCCAAUGGGCCGGCCCCUUCAGCGUCAUGUUCACGCCCCUCGACCGCUACAGCGACCGCAACCACCAGAUCACACGCUAUCAGUACUGUGCCCUGAAGGCUAUGUCGGCGGUUCUGUGUUGCGGCCCCGUGUUUGACAACGUGGGCCUCUCUACCGACGGCUACCUCUACAAAUGGCUGGACAACAUCCUGGCCUGCCACGACCUCAGGGUGCACCGUCUGGGCUGUGAGGUGGUGAUCCUGCUCCUGGAGCUCAACCCAGACCAGGUGAACCUGUUCAACUGGGCCGUGGACCGCUGCUUCACCGGCUCCUACCAGCUGGCCUCGGGAUGCUUCAAGGCCAUCGCCACCGUCUGCGGGAGCAGAAACUACCCUUGUGACAUUGUCACCCUCCUGAACCUGGUCCUGUUCAAGUCCUCAGACACCAGCCGGGAAAUCUAUGAGAUCUCCAUGCAGCUGAUGCAGGUGCUGGAGGCCAAGCUGUGUGUGUACUCCAAGCGCAUGGUGGAGCAGAAGCCAGACAACAUCCUGUACGGCACCCAUGGGCCCCUGCCCCCGCUCUACAGCGUGUCCCUGUCCCAGCUGUCCGUGCAGCUGGCCAGCAUGUACCCCGAACUCACCCUGCCCCUCUUCUCUGAGGUGAGCCAGCGUUUCUCCACCACCCACCCCAACGGCCGCCAGAUCAUGCUGUCCUACCUGCUGCCCUGGCUCAGCAACAUCGAGCUGGUGGACACGGGCCUGCUGCCCCCGGCCUCCAGCCCCUGCACCCCGGAGGAGGAGCGCCUGGGCCAGGCCCACAGCCUGGGCCUCUCCCCCAGCCUGCGGGGCAACGGCUGGGGCUCCCUCCAAGCCACCUCGCUGGUGCUCAACAACCUCAUGUUCAUGACGGCCAAGUACGGGGACGAGGUCCCGGGGCCGGAGAUGGAGAACGCGUGGAACGCGCUGGUGUCCAACGAGAAGUGGUUGAACAACCUGAGGACCGCCCUGCAGUUCCUCAUCAGCCUGUGUGGGGUCAGCAGCGACACCACCCUGCUGCCCUACAUCAAGAAGGUGGUUGUGUACCUGUGUCGUAACAGCACCAUCCAGACCAUGGAGGAGCUGCUGUUUGAGCUGCAGCAGACCGACCCAGUCAACCCUGUGGUGCUGCACUGCGACAACCCGCCCUUCUACCGCUUCGCAGCCAGUAACAAGUCCUCUGCCGUGCACACGGGCACCACAUCGAGCAGUAACACCGUGGUGGCGGGCCAGGAUUCCUUCCCUGAGACGGACGAGUCGAAGUUUGCCCGGGAGAACGAGGAGAGGGCCCGUGCUCACAACAGGCUGGAGUCUCGCUACAGCAACAGCUCUGGAGGCUCCUAUGAGGACGAGAAGAACGACCCCCUCCCGCCCUAUGCCGGUUGGCUGAUGAACGUGCUGGAGACCGACCGGCCGCAGCCGUUACCGAUGCCCGUGAACGGAGGGUGCUGGGCUCCGCUGGUGGACUACCUUCCGGAAACCGUCACACCCAGAGGACCCCUGCACAGGUGUAACAUAGCAGUGAUCUUCAUGACGGAGAUGGUGGUGGACCACAGUGUGAGAGAGGACUGGGCUCUGCAUCUCCCCCUGCUGCUCCACGCUCUCUUCCUGGGUCUGGACCACUACAGGCCAGAGGUGUUUGAGCACAGCAAGCGCCUUCUACUCCACCUGCUCAUCGCCCUCUCCUGCAACAACAACUUCCAGGUCAUUGCCUCUGUGCUGCUACUGACCAGAGAGAUCAGUGACAACAAGACCCUCACCAUCAAGUCCAGCUACCAGCCGGAAUACCAACAGUCAGGUGGGCCGGACUUCCUGCGGGAGUGGCAGGCGUCCCCGGUGGGCGACUCUGGCCUGAGCUCCUCCUCCACCUCCUCCUCCGUCAGCCUGGGCGGAGGCAGCACGGCGGGCAGCGUGGGGAACCUGCCCCUGGUCGCCCCCGACGACCUGGCCUCGCUGGACGACACAGCCAGCGAGGCGGAGGACAAGACCAACAAGCUCAUCGAGUUCCUGACCACCAGUGCCUGGAGUACUGUGCUGUCGUUGCUCAGGGCGUUCGGCCCCCUGUGGAUCCACGAGGACAUCACCCCCAAGAACCCCAACUGCAAGAGCUCGGAGCAGCUGGCCAACUUCCUGCGGCACGUGGUGUCCGUCUUCAAGGAGUCCAAGUCAGACUUCCACCUGGAGCAGCAGCUGAGCGACGUGGCGCUGCAGACGGCGCUCUGCAGCUCGUCCCGCCACUACGCCGGACGCUCCUUCCAGAUCUUCCGGGCGCUCAAGCAGCCCAUCAACGCCCACGCCGUGUCCGACCUGCUCUCGCGCCUCGUGGAGGUGGUGGGAGAACACGGGGACGAGGUCCAGGGCUACGUGAUGGAGGUGUUGCUGACUCUGGAGUCUGUGGUGGUCAACCUGGCCGAGUGUCUGAAGAACAGUGACCUGAUGGCUGCUCUCACCCGGACCUCCUCUCCGGACUUCCUGACCAAUGAGAAGCUGACGUGUAACAGGAAGAGCACGGGCCAGCUGAACUUCCCCGGGCCGGGUCUGGCCGUGCUCUCGGCCGAACGCAACCGCCACCAGCGCUCCUACUCCGUCCCCAAGAAGUUUGGCGAGAGCGGCAACCAUCCCCACGACCCGCCUCGCAGCGCCACGCUCGACCGCAUACAGGCCUGCACCAAUCACGGCCUGGCGCGGCCCGGACGCACACCGGGCUCCUGCACCUCGUCCACCAAUCGCAUCGACCCCAGCGUGCUGUCGGACCCCGCCCACGUGUCCCACCCCUCGUCCAUACUGGCCACCGUGUUCUGGGUGGCCGUGUCGCUCAUGGAGUCCGAUUUCGAGUUCGAGUACCAGAUGUCUCUGCGCCUGGUGCACAAGCUACUGUCUAAGGUGCCCUUGGACCGGGCGGAGAACCGCGAGCGCCUGGAGAAGUUGCAGGCCCAGCUGAGGUGGAGCGGCUUCUCGGGCCUGCAGCAGCUGCUGCUGAAGGGCUUCACCUCCCAGACCACCUGCGACCUGACGCUGCAGCUGUUCUGCCAGCUCACGCCCGUGUCCCGCGUGCCUGUGGUGGACACCUCCCAGGCCAUAGGUUUCCCUCUCAACGUGUUGUGUCUGCUGCCUCACCUGGUGCAGCACUUCGGUCGCCCGUCUCAGUUCUGCAAGGAGAGCGCCGAGAGGAUAGCUCAGGUGUGUCUGGAGGAGAAGAACACCAAGCUGUCCCACCUUGCCCACGUGAUGACGCUGUACAAGACGCGCUCCUACACGCGGGACCCCUUCUCCUGGGUCAGCGUGGUGUGCCGCUACCUCCACGAGGCCUUCAGCGACAUCACCCUCAACAUGGUCACCUACAUGGCAGAGUUGCUGGAUAAGGGGCUACCCAGCAUGCAACAGUCUCUGCUCCAGAUCAUCUACUGCCUGCUGAGUCACAUGGACCUGACGGCCGUGCAGGUCAAGCAGUUCAACGCGGACGUCCUCAAGACCAUCGAGAAGUUUGUCCAGACGGUGCACUGGAAGGACGCCCUGAACAUCAUGAAGCUGGUGGUGUCUCGCUCGGCCAGCCUGGUGCACCCCGCCCACGGCCACAGCCACGGGGACCUGUCCAACCUGGAGGUGAGCCGCGUGUGGGACGGCUCCGCCAAGCCCUGCCCGAAGACCCUGGACUUCACCUUCGACAUCUCCGAGACCCCAGUGAUAGGCAGGAGGUUUGAUGAUGAGCUGCAGGGUUCGGGAGGGAGGGAGGGCAAGGCCAGGGCCAUGGCUGUGACCCGCAGCACCUCCUCCACCUCCUCAGGGUCCAACUCCAACACGGUCCUAGUGCCUGUCAGCUGGAGGCGACCGCAGUCCUCACAGAAGAGGACGAGAGAGAAGCUGGUGAACGUCCUGUCUCUGUGCGGGCAGGAAGUGGGCCUCACCAAAAACCCUUCCGUGAUCUUCUCGUCGUGCGGGGACCUGGAGCUGAUGGAGGUGCAGGUGAGCGGCGUGUCGUCGGAGGAGGGUGGGACCCGCGACGACACGCUGGACGACACGGCCAGUGAGCAGCAGUUCCGCGUGUUCCGCGACUUCGACUUCCUGGACGUGGAGCUGGAGGACGGGGAGGGCGAGAGCGUGGACAACUUCAACUGGGGCGUGCGGCGGCGGUCCCUGGACAGCACGGAGCUGGGAGACCUGCUGGAGGAGAGCCAGCACUCGGGCAGCACGCCCAGCCUGGGCCACGACGACCCGCCCGACACGGACGAGUCGUCCGACGAGGAGGAGUCGUCCACCAGCCAGAGCCUGUCGCAUUCUCAGCUGACAAACCUCUCGCCGUCGGAGGAGACCAAUCACACGGACUCUCUCUCGACGUCGUACGACACGUCGGCCGACCUGCAUUCCCUCAACGCCACCACCCCCGGCCAGGGGGCGCCCCUCGACGAGCAGGGAGGCUUGCAGUCCCUGUCCCUGGCGGGAGUGUGUGGGGAGGACGAGGACACCCAGGCCCAAGACGACGAGCUCUCCCUCCCCCAGGGAUCCGAUUGCGGGGAGAGCUUCACCCUGGAGCUGCCCGGACCCCCCCUGGAGGACCACCUCCACCCCGACUACGGCCACCCGCCGCUGGGGUUUCUAGACCCCAGCUGUCUGCCUGGUCUCCGUGACGACGUGGACGACCUGGAGGACCUGGGCUUCCCCCCUCCCCCCUCCCCUUUCUUCUCCGCCAUCCUGGCGGCGUUCCAGCCGGCGGUGUGCGACGACGCCGAGGAGGCGUGGCGUUGCCAUAUCAACCAGCUGGUGACGGACUCGGACGGCUCGUGCGCCGUCUACACCUUCCACGUCUUCUCCUCGCUCUUCCAGAACAUCCAGACCAAGUUCUGCUCUCUGAGAGACGCUGCCACCUACCUGGAGGGGCUCCGGGGCAUCGGGUCAAAGUUCGUCAAGUCCUCCCAGAUGCUGACCACGUGCUCCGACUGCCCCACCCUCUACGUGGACGCAGACACGAUCAUGUCGUACGGGCUGCUGGAGAAGAUGAAGUUCAGUGUUCUGGAGCUGCAGGAGUACCUGGACACCUACACCAGUCGGGAGGAGGCCGCCGUCUCAGUAAGACUCAAUCCAUCUGUUGACAAACGACAGGGUGCACUUGAUUCGGCUCACUCACUGGAAACCAAAUGGAUCGGCACAGAAAGAGGCCUGUCGCUUA